UCUGUGCUCUCCAUUUUAUGUGGGUAAGGUGUUUCGAGUUUUUUUUGUUAAAAUACCUCGAUCAAAAAAGCGUAAACAUACAGAAAAGAGCAGGAGUGUAGCAGUAUGGGCGUUUAUUGUUAAAUAGUUAAUGACAAUUUAGAAGUAACAACGUAAUUCCACCAAAACAUUAAUUCAAACAAACAGCAAUGACUGACAGUGAAGUAAUGGACGCUUCCACCGCCGGUGGUGAUAUGGAGGAAAAUUUCCAUGACGAUAACUUUGAAAAUGAUAUCGAUAUGGAUUUUCCCUCAAAUAGAGGCCGGGGAGGCCGAGGAGGAUUUGGCAAAGGUCCUCCACCAAGAUGGUCAGGUCCUCCCGGAGGACCCCAGGGUCCUGGACCUAGAACAGUAGAUGGUCCACCACCGAGGUUUCGAGGACGGGGCGGCUUUGGUCCUCCACCUCCAAUGUUUGGCAGAGGAGGAAGAGGCGUACCACCACCAAUGUUUGGACGUGGGGGACCACCACCUAGGAAUGGCCCGCCAGGAUUUAACGGGCCACCCAACUUCAACUGGACAGGACCGCCAGGGAUGGGGGGACCACCAAAUAUGAUGGGGCCGGGUGGACCCAAUGGACCACCAUUUGGCAUGGUAGGAGGUCCACCAGGAAUGAACAAUGGACCUGCGACCCAAAGUGCAACUGGGGGAGGACCGGGACAAUUUCAGAAUACUCCUACUUCUAAUGCAGGGGGGCCGAGUCUGGAUCCAAAUAUGGAAAUAUGGGUGGAAACAAAAACGGCUGAAGGCAAGUCUUAUUUUUAUAAUGCUCGUACUAGAGAAACGACAUGGAAUAAGCCUGAUGGCCCUAACAUUAAGGUAAUCUCUCAGGAUCAAGUAGAGGCUAUGGCUCAAUCUGCUACAACGGUGCCCCAAAACACAUCCACUGCGGCACAGGCUGCCGUGGCUCAGGCUAAUGUAACAAAUAAACCAGAAGAAUUGGAAGAAUCUAAAGAUUCCAAAGUUGCUGUCAAUGGUCCAAUUGCGACUAACAUGGUUCAAGGACCUCCACCUGGAAUGGCAUUUGGGGCUCCUCCGGGCCAGUUCGCGCCACCACCAUUUGGCUUACCCCCUCCAGGCUUUACCGGAGCAUGGCCGGGUGGUCAGCCUCCAUGGAUGACUGGUGCACCUCCCGGAACCGCCCCGUGGGCCAUGCCCCCCGGAAUUAUACCAGCUGUUCCAAAUGCAUUAGCUGCAAUAGACGAGGCUGCUGUUAUGUCUAAAGUAGAUCCGGAGAUUAUUGGUAGAGCUUCGGAAUGGACAGAACAUAAGGCACCUGACGGAAGGUUUUACUAUUAUAAUGCCAAGAAAUCAGAGUCUGUAUGGGAGAAGCCUCAAGCUUUGAAAGAUUUAGAAACUGCUAAGCUGGCGGCAGCACAAGGAAUAUCGACCAAGCCAGUUGAGCCGAUGACCCAAGGACCCGAUUCAGGUAAGAAAGAUCAAUCUAGUGCAGGACAACCGAUACCCGAUCCAACCGUGAAUGGAGAACUAUCGAAAGAGAAUAAUGUGGAGGCUGCAGUUUUGGCUGCUGCUACAGCUGAAGACAAAAUUAAGAAGUUACAGGAGGAAAUUAAGAAAAAGAAAGAUGAAGAGGAAAAGGCCAAAGAACAAAAGGCUCAGGAUAAGUCGAGACCUGUAUCUAGUACUCCUGUGCCUGGCACUCCAUGGUGCGUAGUUUGGACAGGAGAUGGGCGCGUGUUCUUCUACAAUCCGUCUUCGAGAACUUCCGUAUGGGAAAGGCCCGAGGAGCUUGUUAAACGAACGGACGUUGACAAAAUGGUGUCUACGCCGCCCGACGCGUUAUCGCAGGGUUCGAAACCAGACGAGCCCAAAACUCCUACAAAAAGUAAAAGGAUAUCGGAUGAUAGCGACAGUGAAAGUGAAACGCCUGCCAAAAAAGCGAAAAAGGAUGAUGCCAAUACUUCUGUUGUUUCUGUCGCUUCAUCGAAUAACGAAAGCACCCCGAGCGCAAAAAAAAUCGACAUAGGCAAGGAGGCGGCGAUAGAAGCGGAAGUGCGGGCCGCCAAAGAACGGGCAGUUAUACCGUUGGACACAAGAAUAAAGCUUUUCAAGGAGAUGUUAAACGAGAAGCAGGUGUCGGCGUUCAGUACGUGGGAAAAGGAGUUGCACAAAAUCGUUUUCGACUCCAGGUACCUUUUGUUGACUUCUAAGGAGAGAAAACAAGUGUUCGAGAAAUAUGUUAAGGAGCGAGCGGAGGAGGAGAGGCGGGAGAAGAGGAACAAGUUGCGGGAGAAAAAGGACGCUUUCAGAAAAUUAAUGGCCGAGUCUCAUCUGCAUGGAAAAUCGACAUUUAGCGAUUUCGCCCAGAAAUUCGCCAAAGACGAACGAUUCAAGGGUGUGGAGAAGAUGCGCGAAAGGGAGAGCCUCUUCAACGAAUAUCUCAUUGAAGUAAGAAAGCGGGAAAAAGAGGAGAAAAUACAGCGAAGGGAAACUAUUAAAAAAGAUUUCUUCUCAAUGCUUCGGGAACAUUCCGACAUCGAUCGUCACUCCCACUGGUCGGACGUAAAAAGGAAAGUCGAUUCCGAUGCCCGGUAUAAGGCGGUCGAUUCGCAUGGUUUCCGAGAAGACUGGUUCCGCGAGUACUGCAAAAUGUUGAAGGAGGAGAAGAAACGCGCUAAAGAAAAGGACAGAGAGCACCGGCGGGAAAAGGAGAAGCAUAAGAAGAAGGACAAGGAGAAGAAGGAGAAGCGAGACAAAGAGAGGGACAGGGAUAAGGACAAGGAGAAACAGAAAGAAAAGGAAGAAAAGAAUGAUGACGAAGGUAAUUUGGCAGGUAAAGAAGUUGACGAGGCUGAGCAAGAAAACGACGACGCCAAGGCCAAAGAAGAACGGGAGAGGGACAGACAGGCCAGGGCGGAGGCAAGCCUUAAGAAGAGGGAGGAAGAGGUGCAGAGGACGCUCGCCACUCAUAUGAGAGAUAGAGAUAAGGAAAGGGAACAGCACAAAAGGGACGAAGCCAGACAGCAUUUCAAUGCCUUAUUGGUUGACUUGGUCCGUAAUUCUGAAUUGAGCUGGAAGGAGGUGAAAAGGAUUCUAAGAAAAGACCACAGGUGGGAUUUGGCAGAUUCUCUAUCCCGAGAAGACAAGGAAAAACUAUUUAACGAACAUGUCGAACAGUUGAUAAAGAAAAAGAGGCAAAGUUUCAGGGAAUUGCUCGAUGAAACUUCAGAAGUAACACUGGUUAGCACAUGGAAAGAGAUCAAACGAGUAGUAAGGGAUGAUCCGAGAUAUACAAAGUUUGCUUCCAGUGAAAGGUGCGAACGAGAAUUCAAAGAUUAUCUAAAAGACAAACUCAUGACCGCCAAGGGCCAGUUUAAGGAGCUGCUUCAGGAGACUAAAUUGAUAACUCACAAGUCGUUGACUUUGUUGAGAGAAAAUCAAAACCACAUGCAGGAAAUCGAAGAUAUUUUGAAAAACGAUAAGAGGUAUUUGGUGUUGGAUCACAUUCCUCAGGAGAGGACCCAGUUGAUUUUGAAUUAUCUGGAGGAAUUAGAUCGUAGAGGACCUCCGCCGCCUCCGACCGCCAGCGAACCCAACAGAAGAAUAAAGUAAUAGCCAUUUGCUUUGAGGACGCUGUCAGGAUUAUUGCACCUAUUUUCAAAUAUAGUGGGAUUGGUUUUACCGUCAUGUAAUUUCUGAGUAAAUUGUGUACAGAGAAAUAGUAAAAUAUGUGUCUUAUUUACCUGCUGUAGUAAAAUAAUAGAAGUUUAAUAUUUAUAUUAACAAUAGAAUAAAAUAAUAGAAGC